UGGCUUGUCUUUUUUUUAGGAUUAAAUUAUUACAGAUAAUUUCUAGUAUUCAUUUUCAGAUUUUCAAAAACUUGCAGAUUUUCUCAUACUGUAUGUUGACAUGCCAGAAACACUUAGCUGUGAUUUAUCCUUACAUUAGGUGUCACAUUUUUUUAACUAAGCAAUAAACUUAGAUUUAAAUAUGCCUAGCAUCUCCUGGGCGCUUGAGUAAAAAAAAAUCAUAGUAAAAUAAAAAACGUAGAGUUUUUGCACAAAUAGGCGUCACACUUGAGGGUCUACUACACAGUUUCUGCAACCAUAAACAAACUGUUGCUGACUUGCAUUUUGCAAAAAGGAAACUGUAGCCACAUGCCUUUCUCAGAGCUCAUAGUCCUGCUUUAUUUCGGGCUGCAUGAGGCAGAAUGAUCACAAGAGGAAUGAGUUCAUAAAUCCUGCAUUGUCUACAAUGACAACAGUAAGAAGCCGGUAUAUCUGCCCUGGUUGCAUACUUCUAUUAAUUCCUUUAGUCAUGAGUUUACAGAACUGCACUGAAGUCAAUCAGACAGAACCCAUCAGGGACCAUCAGAUCCAUCAGGGACAGUCAACCACCAUCAACUGUCAUUACAACAAAAACAGAAGCCAACAUCUUACAGUAAAGUUGAGAACAAAGAACAGAGUCUGUGAAUACCUCUAUUUUAAUAAAUCCUGGACUAAAAGUUUCUGUAAUGACAACAUCAGAUUAAUAUGGAUUCCGGAAACAGAAGAAAUAUCAUUUCAGCUCAUAAAUCUUCAGAUGAAUAAUUCAGGCAUGUACACAUGUACUUCAGUUGAACACAUACCACCUCCUACAAGGUGUUUGAGACAGAAGAGGAUAUUCAUUCAUGUCAAAGCACCUCCAUUUGUAUCUGUGUCAUGUGUGAAACGGCCUGAUGGAGUUCCCACAAUGCUUUGUGUUGCCGAGGGCUUUUACCCUGCUGAUCUACAGCAGGCCUGGCUCAGAGAUGGAGAAUAUAUCAGCUCCCCAAACAUUUCACUUACACCUAUAUAUAAGGAAAACCUCAACUCUGAUGUCACAAGGAACUCCAGCAAAAACUCAAAUGGGAUUUAUAGUGUCACAUCGUACCUCCAUGUGUCUUCAAACAUAACUGUGUACUACUGCUGGGUUAAUCACUCAAGCCUGAGCCAACCCACCGUGGUUAACAUCUCCUUGACUGAGUGUACUGAGGGAACAGAGCCAUUACCUGGGGUUUUAUCCGUCACAGGAAUCACUUGUGGUUUGAUGGCUACUGUAAUGCUGAUCUUUGCAGGAUGUUAUUAUCAUCUCAGAACAAAAAGAAAAAAAAGGACUUAUUUUCAGUCUCCAGUAGAAGCACCACCAUUGCCUGAGCCUGAGUCUCAUUCUAUACUGGGGACACUGGGGAACCAUCAACCUAUUUCACAGGUGUACUCAACACUGGGAAACGAAAAGCCUGUUGCACAGGAGUACUCAACACUGGAAAACUAUCAGUCUGUUGCACAGGUGUACUCAACACUGGGGAACCAUCGGCCUGUUCCAUGCAGAAACAAUAGCGAUGACAUUGCAUCUUACUCUCCCUGAUACUCACUAAAGAAGCAAAUCCCUUAAAAAUUGUACUCAAUUAACUUUUUCCAAAUCUGUGACAAACUGAUUCUGCAUUUCACCAUUUUGAAAACUGUCUCAUGCAAUUUCAGUUAGGAGGAAAUAACACCAUGUCAUUUAUUCUUAUUAUUGUCCAUGCUAUUAUUAUUAUUAUUAUUAUUAUUGAAGUGAUUUUUGUCAUUGUUAUUUUUAUUGAUAUUGUCUUUUUUCUUAUUAUUAUUUCUUCCCUUCUCAUCAAAAAGAUGAUUAUUAGUCAAUGUCUUCACACACAGAAAAAUAAAAAUUCUGAAUUCCUAGUUAUCUUUUUUUUAAUAUUAAGAAAUGUAGGUGCCUCAGUGGCAUAGUGGUUAGCACUGUGGCUUUGCACCUCCAGGUACUCCAGUUUAUUGCUACAGUCCGAAGACAUGCAGAUUAGGCUAAUUGGCAUUCCCAAAUUGUCUGUAGAGUGUGUGUGCCCUGUGAUUGACACCCUGUUCAAGGGUUCUACCUUGCAUCCAAAGUCUCCUGGGAUAGGCUCCACGUUCUCUGCAACCCUCUACUAGAUAAACGGUAUAGAAGAUGAAUAAAUUAAUUAACUAUACUGAAUGAAAUUAAAUAAAUUUUAAUACAUUUAGAUUACUAAACUUUUCUUUCAGAAGCAAAUAUAUUAUAGUUGCUG